AUGAAUAGGUCAAAAAGUUGGAAAUCAUUCAAGCAAAAAUUCGAAUCACUCCGGAAAUCAGACGCCUCCAAAGAAAAAGCAACCAAAGCUUCUUCGCACAAGCACACCGAUGAUGAUAGCGAACUUCAAGACCUCCAACAACUUCAGCAAAAACGGCAAAAGAAGAGAGAACAAAGUUAUCACCUUAGUCUUCGUACUAUUUCCCUCCCUGAGCUAACAUUGGAGAAUAAACUGACACAGAAUACAACUAAUUUGUUGAGCUUGAGAGAUGUUCCUCACAUUCAUGAUGAAGAUGGAAAUAGUUUGCUUGACAAUGAUGAAGACUUUGCUAUCAUCUUUGAUCAAGAGAAGGAAAACAAGUUUGGAGAAGAUACAAUUAAGAAUAAACCUGGUUCUGCUUUUAAUAUUGGCAAGAUCUUAACGGCUACUGUCAAGUUAAUUGAGGAAAAAGAGCCUUACACGAUUACACUCGGGGAGUAUUGUGGUGUUCCUCUGAAUAGAUCUGUUCUUUCUUUUAAUCCUUCCCAGCACAGGGCAACAAAGCUUCAACUAUCCAGCUUCAACCUCGAGAAUGGAGUAAAUAAAACACUUCCACAACAAUGGCUUGUUUGGAACUAUGACAAUGACAACAUAAAGCGUGUUUUCAAAGUAGUAGAAACUGAAACCGAAUUGACCAAUUUUAUAGAAAAGGAAUUAUCCAAAAAAGUUCACAUUAUGAAAAGGGGACUUGUUCCAAAUACAAAGUACCACGAACACGGAUACCUUGUAAACUUGGAAUUGAAGAACAUCACUACUGACAAAUUACUAAAAUUAACCCUAUUUAUUGUUUCAAAUAGAAUAUAUGAUUAUGAAACAACUACUGGGAUAACGGGGAUUUCAUUCACCCAGUCGGAUGUAUAUACAAGAGUUACGUUGUGGUUUCAUCCAAACUUGAAACCUAGUUACGAUAUUAUCAAUGAAGUAAAGAAAGUUACACGAGUGUUGUUUUCAUGGCUUGCAGAUUUAGGAAAUGUACAUGUGAGACAAGUUACCUUUGUCAACAAUGAUACUAGCGAGAAAACAGUUGUUGAUUGUGGGUUGGUUGCAAUUUAAAGGUUAUUUAUUGCUGAUAUAUAAAGCCAAUUGAUAUGUACAAUAGAGUAGCCAUGUAUAUAGUUCACCUAGUAGUCAUCCCCUCUGGUAACCACUUCCUUCUUGUGUGGAUGUAACAAUAUGGUAUGUUCGAAUUGGGCAGUAUAACUUCCCUUCUUAUCCACCAAAGGAGCAUAAUCUUCGACGAUACCAGCUCUAACCAAUUGAUUCAAAGCAAACAAAUACUUGUCUUCACCAGCACGUUCCAAGUAUCUUCUACACCAAGGCAAAGUACCAAAAUUUGCCUUGAUAUUAUCCAACAAUUCCUUGGCUCUUUCCGAUGGUGGACGGAUAGAGUCUGAUUCUGGCAUAUAAGCAUAAUGAGAACACUCGCCCUCAGUAAUGACGUACCCGUUACCAGUAGAUCCAAAGGUUUCAAUAGCAAAAGUUUCCCCUUCUUCCAUCUUGGUCAUGUCUCCAUUAGGAACAAUAGGCACGGUCUUACCGGAAUGAAUAACGUAAUCUCCGAUGUUGUGACCAUUCAAGUUUCUUAUACAUUUGACUGGGUAAAAUUUUCCGUUUUCUUCAACUUCAUAAGAUUCCAUGACUUCUUGAAUGGCAGCACCAAUAUCAUUCAAUCUAACAUCUAUACCUGAUUCUUUAAUCCCAGUGUUGGUAGCUUCCUUGACUGCCUGCAACAAUGGAUUGUACUUUCCUGUAUCUUCAAAAGUCAUUGUGAAUGCAGAAUCACAAAUAUGACCAUUUACGUGCACACCAAUAUCCACUUUCAUGAUAUCAUCCUUAUGCAACACCAUUUUAUCUCCGGUGUUUGGUGUGUAGUGCGCAGCAACGUGAUUUAAACUCAACCCAGUUGGGAACCCAAUACCGGCUUCUUUGGUAUGAACAUUACCUGAAUAUGCUCUCACAGAGUUCUCAAUCAAGUCUGCAAUUUCAAUCAUGGACAUACCGGGUUUAAUACUGCUUUGGGCCUUGUGACGAACACGACGGUGGAUUUCGGCACCUUUACGGAAAUCCUCCCAUUUGUUGUUGGAUUGACGGUCCAAGUAUCGAAGCUCUUCAGAAGUGGUACGGUGGGAGUUGACGUCGAGUGGAUAUUCUUGCCAUUCACCUUCUGGGAAAAUGUGGUCUGGGUAGGAGGCGUCUAUGGUUGUGAUCUUCUUCUUUUUCUUCUUGGGUUUCUUCUUUUUGGAAGGAGCGGCAUCAGUGGAUUCUGGUUCAGGGGUAACAGAAUCUUCAAGAGAUAAGUCUUCUACUUUCAAUUGGUCAACUUUGGGUUCGACUACAUUAGCGGUAGCUGCUUCUACUUCGGCACUCAUACUAUCUUUUGCGAUGUUCUUGGAGUAGUAGGGAUU